UCAUAUACAUAAACCCGUCUUCCGCAGUCAUCAUCUGUUAGACUCUGCACAAUCGACAUCACGGCUGAUACAGAGCUCUUUGAAGACUUUGGUGGCGCACCGCAGACGCAAUCAUUGCGGAAGCUUGCUAUGAGCCGCCUCAUGGGUGCAGCAUCCUCAGCUCCGACUUCGCCCACAAUCAAAGCCAACGAAAACCGCCGCAAUGGAGAAGCCCAUCUGGACCAUGGCGCUUUACCUCCGCCGGGUGUUUCGCUGCCUGCUCCAGGCGUCCCGUCCUUGACAACCGCGCUGAGGAAUUUGACUACUUCUGAGCCCGGCGCCCCGCACCCUCCCGGUGGCGUUCACUAUGACUCCCCCUAUUCGCGCAGCCUCUCUUCCACAGCGCCCACUUCGCCGCGGAUUCCGCCGGUCAGACAAAAUUCCGGCAGUCAGACCCCGAGAGUCCGUCCACACCCGUCGACGCUCAAUAUCCCAGGGAUGACGCGUUCCAAAGCAUCCCCAGACGGGCGUAUUCCCGACAGAGACGUUGCUGCGAAACUAGUCAUCAUCAUGGUUGGCCUGCCGGCAAGGGGCAAAUCAUACAUCACGAAGAAGAUCCAUCGCUAUUUAUCCUGGCAACAGCACAGCACCAGGAUUUUCAAUGUUGGCAACAGGAGACGCAUCGCUGCUGGCGUGGCCAAGCCAUCCGAUGGAUCGCCGAUUUCGGCGCCUAUAAGAACCGACGUGCCCAGCCAAGCGGCGAAGGUUCUUUUGAACGGCACGAAAGGCCCUGACAUUGUUGUGGAAAACGAGCCGACAAAUCUAGAUCUCAACAAGCCUGCGAUCCACGGGGACUCAGCCGAGAAGUUGGACCAGUCAGCCAAGUUCUUCGAUCCAAAGAACGCAACUGCGGCCAAGCUGCGCGAACAAGUGGCUCUAGAUACGCUCGACGAGCUUCUUGACUAUCUUCUUCAACAGGGCGGUGCUGUGGGCAUUCUAGAUGCGACCAAUAGCACCGUCCAUCGGCGGCAGCUCCUUGUGGAUCGCAUCAAGGCCAGGGAGCCAAAGCUGGGCAUUCUCUUCAUUGAGAGCAUCUGCCACGACCAGAACCUUCUGGAGGCGAAUAUGCGUCUUAAGCUCUCUGGGCCGGAUUACAGAAAUAAAGAUCCGGUCAAGUCCCUGGAGGACUUCAAAGCGAGGGUCAAGGCGUACGAGAGUGCGUACGAGCCGUUGGGGAAGUGGGAAGAGGACAAUGAUCUACAGUACAUCCAGAUGAUCGAUGUGGGCCGGAAGAUUGUCCAAUACCGUCUCCGAGGCUUCCUGAGCGGCGGGAUCGCGUCGUAUCUUACCACAUUCAAUCUAUCGCCCAGACAGAUUUGGAUCACACGACACGGCCAAAGUGAGGACAACCGGGUGAACAAGCUGGGCGGCAAUUCCGACCUGACGGAGCGCGGCCACUUUUACGCUCACGCUCUGUACGAGUUCAUCACCUACAAGCGGAAGGAGUGGCUCAUCGAGCAAAAGAACAAAAUCGCAAGCUCGAGCUUUCCGCCGCAGCCCGGGGACAACACGCCGCCCUAUCCGGAGCUCAACCAGGAGCUUGACGACAAGAACUUCUGUGUCUGGACGUCAAUGCUCAAGCGCAGCAUUGAGACUGCUGAAUACUUCGACGCGGACGACGACUACGACGUGAAGGCGUGGGAGAUGCUGAACGAACUCAAUGCGGGCGACUUUGAGGGCAUGACUUAUGAAGAAAUUGCCCGGAGAUUCCCGGAGGAGUACGCGAAGCGGGCCAAGGACAAGAUGGGAUACAUCUAUCCAGGGGUUGGUGGAGAAGGGUAUCUCCAGAUCAUCAGCCGGCUCCGUGAUAUGGUGCGCGAGAUGGAGCGCAUUACGGACCAUGUCCUCAUCAUUGGACACCGGUCUGUCUGCCGAGUGCUGAUGGCGUAUUUCAUGGACCUCACGAGAGAUGACAUCGCGGACCUCGACCUACCGCUCGGGCUACUCUAUUCUAUCGAGCCAAAACCAUACGGGAUUGAGUUCCACGCGUACAAGUACAAUGAGGAAACAGCGUGGUUCGACGAGAUACCGAAUUACAAGCCCCGGAAGACUGUCGACAGGAACAACUAAGCGACCGCUGGGUCGACGCCGGGCCAUGUACGAAUUCAAAGGGAUGGGUUUGGAUAUCCGAGAUGGGUGGUGCUCGGGAUGGCGUUGUCGGCUUCAGCGA